GGUUGCUAGAAGCAGCUGGUCUCACAGGCUGAUAUUUUGUUUUUGUUGCUGUUCGCUGAGUUGUUUUAUGUUUAAUCGAAGUUGCGCAUAAAUUUAGCUGCAAAUCGUACGCAGUUCGCGGGCUUAAAUGCAGCCACCCCCUUUCAGUUGCUUUCGCUAGCACUUCGAUUCCCAGACACUGGUCAUCAGACGCACUCACACUCAUACACACAUAUACUCAGAAACGAAGCAAGGACUCAAGGAUUCGAUUCAAGGACUGCAGCAACAACAACAACACAGCCGCGAUGUCGGUGGCCGGGCUUCGGCAAUGUCUGCUGCUGUGGAGCGUCGACUACUGGAACUUGGAAGUCAUGGCGGACAAUGUCUUCAAGUCGCACGAUAUCGGGCUGCGGGCGCAGAAGAAGAUCCUCUCACGCAUGGCCACCAAAAACAUCGCCAAGACCUUCAUCGAUGGCACGACGGCGUCGCUGCUGGACAACCUCUACAGGCUCUGCAAGAUGCACACGGGGAACAAGGCCAAGGCGGAGAAGCUGAUCAAGAACAUCAUCAAGAUCGUGAUCAAGAUCGGUGUGCUCCACCGGAACAAUCAGUUCAGCGACGAGGAGCUGCAGAAGGCGGAGCUCUUUAAGAGAAAGUUUCAGAACACGCAGCUGUCCAUCAUAUCAUUCUACGAAGUGGACUUCACGUUCGACCUGCCCUACCUGCAAAAGUCAAUAGCCGAGUCGAAAGUGGCGCUGAAGUCGAUUGUGCAGCCGCAUCUCACAGAGAAGUCGCUGGGCCGCAUCGACGAGGUGUUCGAUUUCUUCGGCGAGGAGGCGCUGCUGGAGACGGCUUUCCGAGCGGACUCCCCCUACCGCGAGGUGAUGGGAAAGAUCGUGGCGGACAUAAACGCCGCCAUGGAAACAGGAGAUAUCUGAGGGGAGCCGCGAAGCGAGCUGAGCUGUAAUUGCGUGCUAUGAACGAAAGGCUAUCUAUCGAAACCAAAAAGCAGCCAGUAGCUAGUUGCGAAUGGAAAACGCUUGCUUAAAGCUCACCCACCAACACCACCACCACCAUCACCACCAAAAUACAAAAUCUAGGUAUAGAUAUGGGCCAGCAGCGGAAGAGAGGGCGCAGAGCUGGGAAG